CUUCCCAACUAGAAGCAAGGUCACAAAGCAGAGUGUGUAACUGUGCAGCAAGAAGGAAAAUGUAUCUCAUAUUUGAUCUCCUCUGGCUUAUAGUCAUCAUAAUCUAUGCUUACGUGGAGGCCUUGGUGAAGCUUUUCAUUCCUGUGAAAAGAAAAUCUGUUAGUGGUGAGACUGUGCUUAUUACAGGAGCAGGGCAUGGCAUUGGAAGACUUACAGCCUACGAAUUUGCCAAGCGUCAAAGCAAAUUGGUUCUCUGGGAUCUCAACAAGCAUGGCGUGGAAGAAACUGCUGAAGCAUGCAAAAAACUGGGAGCCAAAGCACAUGCCUUUGUGGUAGACUGCAGCAUCAAGGAGGAGAUCUACAUUGCUGCAGAAAAGAUUAAAAGAGACAUAGGAGAUGUUAGUAUCUUGGUGAAUAAUGCUGGAGUGGUGGCAACAGCAGAUCUCCUUUCUACCCAAGACAGGCAGAUACAAAGAACAUUUGAGGUCAACAUUCUUGCUCAUCAUUGGACAACAAAAGCAUUCCUGCCAGCAAUGAUGAAAAAUAAUCAUGGCCAUAUUGUCACAGUUGCAUCUGCUGGUGGACAUGUGGUGGUUCCUUUCCUGGUGUCCUAUUGUUCAAGCAAGUUUGCUGCUGUUGGCUUUCAUAAAGCUUUGACUCAAGAACUGUCUGCAUUGGGAAAAGAUGGGAUCAAAACCUCAUGCCUUUGUCCUGUUUUUAUAAACACUGGAUUUAUAAAACAUCCAAGUACAAGAUUAUUGCCUGUCCUGGAGCCUGAGAAAGUUGUAAAUAAACUCAUGGAUGGGAUACUUUGCAACCAAAACAUGAUUUUUGUUCCACCAUUUGUGAAAUGUAGUCUACUGCUAGAACGAAUUCUACCUGAACGUGCCUUGGUGGCUUUAAACAAGAUGAUAAAAGUAAAAUUUGAUGCAGUUGUUCAGGAUGCGAGAAAAGAAGAUUAAGUUAAUCAGUGCCUUCCAGGGAUAUCUUAGACAGCUAGGAGUCAGUUCAUCAGCAAUUAACUCCAGGCAAUAAGCAGUGAUUUCUAAAUGGAGUCCCAUGCACUUCUCAUUCAAAAUAUAUAUUAAAAGUAUCAAUGCAA